AUGGCCAACAUAGCAAACCACAACAUCCAUGUUGUCUUCCUCCCCUACUUAACUUCUAGCCACCUUAUUCCCCUGGUGGACGCGGCCCUCCUCUUCGCCUCUCGCGACGGUGUCAAAGUCUCCAUCGUCACAACUCCAUGCAACGCAGCCAUGUUCCAAUCCUCUGUCGACAAGAGCACAAAUUCUGGCCACCAAAUUGCAAUUUACUCCGUCGAGUUCCCCUCAGCACAAGUCAAUCUCCCCGAAGGAAUCGAGAGCAUGAGCACCGCAACGUCAAUUGAACAAUACUUAAAGGUAUGGAAGGCGAUAGAAUUAAUUCAAAAACCGAUGGAAAAUUUAAUUCGGUCUUUAUCUCCCGAUUGCAUUUUUUCAGAUAUGUUCUAUCCAUGGACUGUUGAUCUAGCACUGGAGCUUAAUAUUCCUCGGCUCAUGUUUUUUGCUUCCAGUUUCUUUUAUCAGUGUAUCAGACACAACAUAAAACUCCGUACUGAUAAUCUCGUGAAGCCCGGAACAGAAACAUUUUCUGUUCCGGACCUCCCUCAUUGCAUCGAAAUGAAAAAGACUCAGCUGCCAGAGUAUUACAUGACCAGAACACAAUUCGGGGAAUACAUCAAAGUGAUCGAUAAAUCACAAACUCAAAGCUAUGGAACAGUCCACGAUACUUUUUUCGAGCUCGAGCCGGCUUAUGUCGACCUCUACAAGAAUACGAUUUGCCAAAAAUCCUGGCACAUCGGUCCUUUAUUUCAUUUUUCUAGAAGAAAUGAGGUGCAGAUUUCAGGGGAAAACAUCAGCUCCAAUCAAGAUUGUCUGAACUGGCUCGACACACAGGAACCAAAAUCGGUUGUUUACGUGUGCUUCGGGAGCAUGGUUAAAUUUAGCGACGCACAAUUGAGAGAAAUUGUACGAGCAUUAAAUGCGUCGAACCAGCCGUUUAUUUUCGUGACAAAGACAAGUGUGUCAGUACUAGGAGGUUUCGACGAGAACAAGGGAGUCAUAAUAAACGGCUGGGCUCCACAGAUCAAGAUAUUGAACCACGUGGCAGUCGGGGGUUUCAUGACACAUUGCGGCUGGAACUCGGUUCUUGAAGCAAUGGUUGCUGGUGUGCCACUCAUUACUUGGCCUUUGUUUGCUGAACAAUUUUUUAACGAGAGAUUUAUAAUUCAGGUUUUGGGGAAUGGAGUUGAAGUGGGAUCCGAUGUGUGGAAUUCGGGGAUGGUGAUUAAGAGCCCGGUUAUCGAGAAACGGAAGAUAGAGAGGGCGGUGGUGAGGCUGAUGGGAGGAUCGGAUGAAAGUAAGAUGAUUAGGCGACGGGCGGAGGAGUUGUCUGUGAUGGCUAGACGUGCGACGGAGGAAGGGGGAUCAUCUUGUGAGGAUCUCGCUGCAUUGAUUCAGGAUAUCAAAGAUCUUGCGGCGAAGAAAAAGUGUUGUAAUUGUUAAUUUAACAUUGCAAUAGUUUGUUUGU